AUGGUUGCGCUGCCGAAUGUGAUGCGGGGCGUGCUCAAGCACAAGCUGCAGAUGGAACAGGAAAAUGCUACUUGCACCAAGAAGCAACGUGUGAAGAAGGAUACAUACACAGCUAUGGAUGUGAUGAAUCGCCUGCUAGCACCCGGCGGAGACGUGGGUUAUGACGUGUCGGACUUUGAGUGGGAGCAGCUGGUGCAGCUUACGCAACAGAACGAGCGUUUUGAGAAGCUUUUCUCAUUCCCAGAAAAUGCAUCCAACUGGAUCACAACUAAGAAAAAAAAGAGGAAAACGCAUUUGAGGAUCGUGGCUCUCGAUUGUGAAAUGUGCGUCACGCAGGAGGAAGGCUCAACUGAUCGCAAGACCAACGCUCUAUGUCGAGUAUCGGCAGUAGAUGGAGAAGACAUGCUGGGAAACAUUAUUUCCGAUUUUAUUGUACACCAGCCGGAGCCUGGAUUUCAUAUGUUAAAUCCCAAGACGAGUAUUCACGGCAUCACACCCGAGCAGAUUGCAAAUUGCAAGAUUACUGUAGCGCAAGCGCAAAAGAAAAUGCUCAAGUACAUCAAUCAAGACACGAUCGUAGUGGGUCACUCAGUGUAUGGUGAUCUGGCCAGCAUGCGCAUUAACCAUCGACGCGUUAUUGACACGUCCCUCAUUUUUCAGCGGAAAGAUGAAAUUUCAUCGCGAUCGACGCCGGGGCUCAAGGAUCUUACCAAGUUCUUGCUUGGCUUUGACAUGCCUCAGGGGCACGAUAGUACCGUCGAUGCUCAAGCUUCGAUGAUGGCAGCCAAGUAUGCUGUCCGACAUGAAACCGGUCGGAUCAUUCCAUCGGCGCUAGAGCUUAAUGGACCUCGUGUCCAAGAGAUACGUGGCGAGACAUUCCAAGUCACAAAUAAGUAUACAGGCCCUGCUGUGCUCGUUGGAACGGCGUUUCAACUUGGUCGACCGUCUGGUGAGUCAUCGAACCCCACGGCUAUAAAAAACGCACCGUCGAAUGAAGCGUCCUACGUCGAUACGGCCGCUAUCACGAAAGAAUCAAUUGUACAACCGCGCAGUAAAGCUGGGAUCACUGAAGCCAUGAUUGCACGAUCGUGCCGGUUGCGGGUGCAUCGAAUUCCGAAGGGCUUAUCAAGCAAGGAUAUUGAAAAGUUCUUUCUCGAGAGUACCAAUAUCGUCCCUGCCGCAGUGGAGAAGAUUGUAUGGCUGCCAAACCGAAAUCGAGGUUCGUGCAGUGUGACUUUUUCGAGCAAUGCUCACGCAGCACUAGCGUUCAAGACUGCGCAGGGAGCAAAUGGGAAGAGCAAGAUUACGAAUGACUCGAUUGGUCGUCCACAAAAAACGAUUGCAGUUGUGAGUUUCAUGGGAAAGACGUAUAAGAAUGUUGUACUCGGUAUUCUUUAG